AUGCCAGUCUCACUCGCUCCAUCUCAACACCCCAUGUCCCAAAACAGCAUGGCUUUCUACAGCAGCCAGAGGAUCCCAUCUGCAGACUACUACGGAAACGUGGCAACAUCCGCUCCGCAGGCUCAGAUGGCAGUGCCGUCACAGUACGACCCGUAUGCCGUAGCGCCCCUGACUAUCCCCCCAAACAGCGCGCCAUCGUCUCUCACUGUGCCGGCCCCACUUCCAACUCAGCACCGGGCCUCUUCGGGAGCCUGGAAUGCUUCGGACGACCACACUCUUUUGACUGCACGUGCUCAGGGACAGAACUGGGCCCAGAUCCACCAGAACUAUUUUCCCAACAAGACUCCCAAUGCGUGUCGGAAGCGGCACGAGCGGCUGAUGGAGCGCAAAGGCGCUGAUGACUGGGAUACGAGGAAGAUGGAAAAGAUGGCCAAGGAGUACAUGGCCUUGCGCAAGGAGAUCUGGGCACCGCUGGCACUUCGAACAGGCGAGAAGUGGAACGUCGUGGAGCAGAAGUGCAUGUCCAAUGGCCUGAAAAACUUGCAAGCCUCUGCUCGAGCGGCGGCUCGCCGUGAGCGUCUCGAGUCGGGACAGCCCCUGACCGGGUAUGACGAUGACAGCGGCAUCAGCGGUAUCGAUCUGACUCCGGUAGAUGACAUCGACGGCUAUGGCAGCCCCGGAAACAGCACCUCGUCCGGCGGGGGCCAGAGCAGUAGUAGCACUGCGUCCCAGACCUACUCGACCGCCCCACUCCAUCCUCAAGGGGCAUAUCCCGGAUACGGGUAUGGUCACCCACAGGGUCCCCAUCACGGCUACACCUCAUCGGUCAGUUCGACCGGAACCGCCGCCUACCAACAACAGCCGCAUGGCCAGCACUCACAGUCCGCCAGCCCGUACAUGAAUCACGGCAACAGACUACCGAGCGUAGACAUGGGCAUUGAUGCGAUCAUCAACCGCCCCGGGGGUGCCCAACAGCAGGGACCCAUGUGA